AUGCUCUUCAUUGAUUUCAAGAAGGCAUUCGACAGCGUGCACCGUGGACUCCUCAUGAAGAUCCUCCUGGCAUAUGGAAUUCCCAAGGAGAUUGUAGGCUUGAUACAAAGAAUGUAUGCAGAUAAAUUUGCUCGUGUGAUUACCGAGGAUGGUCUGAGUGAAGCAUUCUUCAUUCUAGCAGGAGUGAUGCAGGGAGACACUUUGGCGCCCUACCUAUUCAUAAUCGUAAUUGACUACAUUAUGAGGGUGUCCCUAGAGGGUAGGGACUUUGGGUUUACUCUACACCCUAGAAGAAGCCAUCGCUAUCCGGCAGUCAAGGUCACUGAUGCGGACUUUGCUGACGACCUUGCUCUUAUAACAGAUAGUGUUGCGGAGGCACAAGAUUUCCUCAGGAGUCUGCAUGGAACUGGCGGCCAACUCAGUUGGACUCCACCUCAACGAGGGGAAAACUAA